GUAUGUUUGUUGCGAAGUUCGGGAACCACUAAUACAACAUGGAGGCCGAAUUGACGUUUCAUGAUCAACAAAAGGAGCUGGCGGAGAUUGGACUAAGCUUAGGAGACCUAGAUAUCACCAGUGAUGACUUUCUGUUGGAAGAAGUUGAUGUUCACAUUCAAGAGAACUUGGAAGAUGAAAUAGUGAAGGAAGCACUGAAAACUGGUGUUGACCUGCGACAGUAUUCCCGACAAAUUGAGUCUGAACUCCUCCAAGUUGAGAAUGCCUCAAUACAGGACUACAUAAAGGAGGGUGAGAACAUAGCGAGCCUUCACAAGCAGAUAGCUGCAUGUGACACCAUUCUGGAGCGAAUGGAGGAGAUGUUGAAUGGUUUCCAGUCAGAUUUGAGCAGCAUCAGUACGGAGAUACAGUCUCUUCAGGAGCAGAGCGUCGCUAUGAAUGUCAAACUUAAAAACAGACAGUCAAUUCGAGGAGAGCUGAGUCAGUUUGUGGAUGAGAUGGUGAUUCCAGAGAGCAUGAUCAAACACAUCCUAGAUACGGCCGUCACAGAGCGUGAGUUUUUGGAACAACUACAUGAGCUGAACCACAAGAUCAACUUUGUUAAGGAGCAGUCAUUCAGAGAUGCCAAGUCAUCCCUGGAUGUCAGAGAUAUACUGGAGAAACUCAAGAUCAAGGCCAUAACAAAGAUCCGAGAGUUCCUUCUACAGAAGAUUAACUCUUUCAAGAAGCCCAUGACCAACUACCAGAUACCGCAGAACACCAUGCUCAAGUUCAGAUUUUUCAAUGAGUUCCUGCUUGGUAAUGAGCGACAUGUGGCGAAGGAGGUUCGUGAUGAAUAUGUGGACACAAUGAGCAAGAUUUACUUCUCCUACUUCAAGGGCUAUCUCAGCAGGCUCAUGAAACUGCAGUUUGAAGAAGGGGCUUCAAAGGAGGACCUCAUGGCAGUCGAUGAAACAACAAAGAAAGGUUUCUUCAGUAGUAAAACCAGUCUGAAGAAUAGGUCGACUGUGUUCACUAUCGGAAAGCGAGGGGACAUUCUUACCACAGAGCUAGAGGCCCCUAUCAUUGUACCUCAUGCAGCACAGAAGUCUGACAAUAGGUACACAUUUGAGAGCCUGUUCCGCAGCCUACAUUUUGCGUUAAUGGACAACUCUAGCCGAGAGUACCUCUUCCUUACCGAUUUCUUCAUGGCCUCUGAGACGACUGCCAUCGACCUUUUCAAUGUUGUCCUGGGAAAAACAUUGUCAAUAUACUUGAAAGGCAUGGAGGAGCAUAUAAAUGAUUGUUAUGACUCCAUCGCCAUGUUCCUGUGUAUCCAUAUUGUACAUCGGUACAGAACAGUAAUGGCAGACAGGGGCGUACCAUCGCUAGAGAGGUACUUUGAAAGCCUGCUACAUACGCUGUGGGUGAGGUUUGAAUUCAUCCUGGUCCUAAACAUCCAGAGUGUACGAGACUGCGACCCUGAGAAACUUGGCACCAUUGAUGCAAGGCCUAACUAUAUAACCCGAAGGUAUGCAGAAUAUUCAGCUGCAAUCCUAGGCAUAAACCAGUCUUACCCGGACGAGCGUGUGUACCGAAUACUAGACCAGCUGCAGACGGAGGUAGAGAACUUUAUCCUGAAACUGGCGGCAGAGUUUCCCCACAGGAAGGAGCAGCUCAUUUUCCUCAUAAACAACUACGACAUGAUGCUGGGUGUGAUCUCUGAGAGAACAUCAGAGGAUUCGAAGGAAUCUGAAAGCUUCAAGGAGCUGCUAACGGCGCGUACCCAUGAGUUUAUAGACGAGGUGUUAACUCCGCACUUUGGCGGCAUGAUCAUGUUUGUGAAGGAUUGUGAGGGCCUCGUGGAGCGGGGAAACCUGGAUGCAUUGAAAACUGAGGAGAGAAGAGUCUCCCAAAUUGUACGAGGGUUUAAUGCUGACUGGAAGAGAGCGCUGGAGUAUAUCAACCAGGAAGUAAUGAGGUCCUUCACCAACUUUAAAAAUGGCACGCAAAUAUUGCAGGGGGCGUUGACCCAGCUGAUCCAAUACUACCACCGGUUCCAGAAAGUUCUCAACCAGGGCUCACUCCGACACCUCCAGAUCCGGAACGAGCUUAUCAAUAUACAUCAUGUGAUGGUCGAGGUGAAGAAAUACAAGCCUACCUUCUAGAAUAGUGGACUGCAAUUUACCCAUUGUCAUAAGUCACAAUACAAGACUAGUCUGUUUCUGAAAUAGGCAUUCGUAAACAGUGUGUACUCUGUCAGCUCAAGAUAUGGAACAGGCUUAACGAAGUCUUAACUUGAUGUCAUAGAAGAGACAAGUCAAGAAACACAUGCCUGCAUUCUGGCAUCGUGGACUGCCGCCUUACUUAUUGGUCACACUAUGUAAGCCAAUAGUCUAGUACGGUCUUCAUACACAAGACCACAUCAUAAUAUUGAAAAUGGCCAUUCUCAACCAGGCUCCAAAUUCUGAAUGAACUAAAAAACAUAAAAUCAGGGCCAAAUUCAACAUUUUAUGGUAGAGAUUUACUUGGUAAUUAUUGAGGUCUAGAAAUAUUGAAAAAACCUACAUUCUUACCAGGUAAGAAAGUGUUAAGUCACAAUAUAUUCCCCUUUAACCUAUGGCUGAAAUUGCCAUUUUGUGAUGUAAUAUUCUUCUGAUUCAGUGGGUGGUUUUCCCCACCAUUUUAUGGAAUGGGAUUAGGGCCUUCCCCCAAAAUAGUUUGGGGUCCGUUUAUUUCUAUUUUCAAAACAUAACAUUGUGAUUGUACACAUCUUGCCUGCACGAGUGACUUAGCUACCUUAGUUUAUUUAGGGAGUUACUUCAUUUUUCAGGCAUUGGUGGAUAUGUGAUGAAUUUAAUUUAGGCAAGGAAUUUUUGCCGAUUUGGGACAUUGAAGUUCCCAAUUCAGCUAUAGAGCAUUUGUAUGUGGUGUUCAUCUUUAAAUUUUAAAAUGUGUGGUAAAAUUGAGACUGCCCUGCAACCAAAUACAUAGUUAAAAUGCUCAGUUGUUGAGAUGUAUUAGCCUCCGACCAGUCUUUAUCUAUCUUAUUAUAUUGGUGAAAGAGAAGUGGAUUUGAUAUGCUUUUCUUGAAUAUUAACAUUCCAUUUACAAUUUGUGUAACAAUUAACUUACAAAAGCGGCAGAGCACUGGCAUGCUCAGAUUUGUUGAACAGGGACUAUUUAUUCAUUUGAAAUUGUUUAUAUGUUUAAUGUGCAAUAUUUGAAUGAAUUAUGUUAUUUGACUGAUAUUUAUUGUUUGUUUUAACCUGAGUCUUUUUAUGACUUAUAAAUUGUACAUAUAUUUUUUUAUAAUGUGUCGAUGUCAAAUAAUGAAAUACUGAUGAUGCGAUCUUAAUGAAUAAAAUAAUAAAAUAUGAUAA